AGUGCCACGGCGACAGUCAACAUCUGUUCCUUAUUUUUUGAGAAAAACAACACGUAGCAUUGCAAUUAUUUGUAUAUUGUCACGAAAAUACUCAUGUAAAGAAAUCGCUACUUUAAACACGAAAAUGGCCAAGUCCUACGUGAUAGUUGCGAGAACAGCAUUGCUGCUGAAUUUGAUAAUUGCAGCGGCGUCCCACGAAGCCAAAGAUUUUGACGAUUCAAUUUUGUAUAAAAUAGAUUUCGAAGUGCCGGAGUUAAUUAAACAACCAGACUUGGGCAAUCAGCUAAGAACAUUCUACACUCCGGAUAAGGAGAAGUACGACUGCCUGAUUCCCACUUUGGAGCACCAGAAGGAGGAGGAAAAGUCCGACAAGCCGGAGUUGUCUCCAAUUACACUGCUGCAGCCCAUUUUUUCCGCCCUGACCUGCGCGUACCGCAUCGAGGCCUACUGGUCCUACGAGAUCUGCCAUGGCCACCAUGUGCGUCAGUAUCACGAGGAGCGCGAGGGAAAGAACGUCAAGUUCCAAGAGUAUUACCUGGGCAAAUGGACCGAUGACAAGAUGGAAACAAUGACAAAAGCCUGGGAAGCAGACCUCAAGGCGGGCGUUAAGCCGAAAUACAAGAGCCUGAAGAUUGACAACACUCGGUAUCCAUACUUUGAGAUGGAAUACAACGACGGCACCAUGUGCGAAAUAAUCAACGCUCCCCGAACCACAAUGGUGCGCUAUGUGUGCUAUCCCCAUGGCAAGGACGAUAUCUACUCCUUCAAGGAGACAUCCUCGUGCAAUUACGAGGCCAUUAUCCUUUCAUCGACGCUGUGUGCCAUUCGCGGCUUUCAUGCCGAAGAGACCAAGGAACUCUCCAUACAGUGUUUCAACUCCGAAUCGGAGCCGCACAGACCACUGAGCAUGCUGCGAUCGGAGCUGAAGGAAUGGGCUGAAUCCGAGGCGGACUUACUGGUUUCCAAGGAAAAGGCCAAAGCCUGGCCCAAGUCGGAUGGCGAUUUGAUCACCUUAAAGUAUGGCGGAGUUAUGGACAAAGUCAUAGUCGAGCUGUUCAAUAAUGGUGACCUGGAGGUAGACGGAGACUAUCAGCAGCUACUGCUGUCUAGGGCAGCCUCUGGAACAGGACCCACACCCAUCACUGAUCUGACGCCCGUUAAGGACUUUAUUUCGGGCAAAAACUGCCUAACUGGGGGUAGUGGCUGGUGGAAGUACGAGUUCUGCUACGGGCGACAUGUGCGUCAGUUCCACAAGGACAAAACCAGUGAAGUGGAGCUCUUUCUUGGCUACUUCUCAGAGGAAGCGCAUCGCGCGUGGUCCAACGCCAACCCGGAUAAGGGAGCGCGCCGUGCCGGCUUCACGACUUCCAUCUGGCACCAUUAUGGAAAGGGAACCCACUGCGAGCAGAUUGGAAUGCCCCGCGAAGUGGACGUGAAGUUGACCUGCACACCUGUGACCAACAGCGGCACCGCUGUAUCCAUGUACCUUCUUGAGCCGAAGACGUGCCAGUACAUCCUGGUCGUGGAGUCGCCCACAAUAUGUGAUCUCAUGCACUAUGCCGAUUCCCAGGGCCUGGUGAAGCUGGAGGAUCUGGACAAGAUCUUGGUUACGGAAACCGAUAAAUUAACUACUAAAUCGGCUUCUGCUCCACCUCCUGUUCCAGCUCCCCCUCCUACUUCCAGCCCAGAGGAGGAGAUCCGCUCUUAGGCUGUUCUUGUAUUCUAGUGAAUUACUUAAAUACAUUGAUUGUAAUUUUACAAA